GCUUCUAAGGAUGAGGACCUUGAACACUUGACUCCAAAAUUAAAAAUAACAGCAGGCGGUGUUGUAGGUCCUGUGAAUGAAAUUAAAUCUUUGCACCCACACUCUGGACUCGCUUGAGAAGAACCAUUAUCCCCUGCCUGAAAAGCUAUAAGGAACGCCCAAACACAAUAGCGCCUUUUGUUCCCCCCCCAUCCUGCUUUAGGGUGCUUUCCAUCAACCACCGUGCUAUUGUAUCCAUAUCACUGUAAACAUGCCACCAGUCCGUCUUUCGCACCGCCGACGCUCAUCCUUGGCCAUCACGGCUCUUCAUCCCAUAAAGGCAGGCAUCUAUGGGAUCAACACGACUCCUUCCCCACGAUCAGUUACAUUUGCACCUAAUGUCACUCCAGUCACCUUCACAGAGACUGAUGAGUCCUUGUCCUCACCAACACCAGAACCUUCCUCCCCCACUACCCAGCUCUUCCCUCCUUCAGAGCUGCCUCCAACCACGACCAGGAGACGUGUACCUCCUGGUAAGCGCCGGUCGCUAGGUUACAUACCACGUCCCCCGAAUGCGUUUAUGUUGUUCCGUGCCGACUUUGUCCGUCAGAAGCACGUUCCAGGGUCCAUCGAAACUAAUCAUGGUUCCCUGUCCAAGAUUAUCGGCAAUUGCUGGAGGGCCCUCCCUCUCGAGGAAAAGCGCGUAUGGGAGAUCAAGGCUAAGCACGCCAAAGCUGAGCACAAGGCACGGUACCCCGAGUACCGUUUUCGCCCAGUCCACAACAAGAAUAAGGAAAAGAAAAAAGAAAAGGCUACUCCCACUGCUGAAGAUGAACGCCGCUGCGAAGAAGUCGCUCAACUUCUCCUUGACGGGAUGAAGGGCGACCAGCUCGCCGCUGCUAUCCGCAAGCUUGACGAAAACAAGGUGUAUACCCCUACCCCUGCCUAUCCUCUCAGGCGACCCUCUUCCGUGCCCCUUCCGGAUUCGCGGUUCGGUGCUACAGGCAUUACCAUCCCGACCCUACCUUUCUUCGCAGGCUCGCGUCCUGAGUCCCCCGUCGGAAAAAUAUCCCACUCUGCUCGCUAUAUCCUGGGUCAGCGUAGAGCUUCGAGUGCCCAACCGACUAUCCCCCGUCAUUGGGGUGUCGCGCAGCCCGCCUCCUGGCAGCGCGAUGAGUCUCCUCUUCCAGAGGCAGAUACGAGCUUGUUUGAGCCAUCGUUUUUCAACUCAAACUUCUUUAGCCCAACCACGCAGCCAGAUUCUGCAUUCAGCUUCAAUGAGAUGAUUUCCACUUUUCCUCCGCAUGCUCCCCAGGACUUUGGUAUUGCUCCCUUGGACCCACUCCACAAUCUGUCAUUAGACAUCAAUGCCUUGAACGUUAACCACAAUGACCCCUCCGCCUGGAUACCGACGGAGUACAACAACUCUCAGACUUCAUCCCCAUACAGUGGCUCUCCUGCUCACUCCGACAUGUCUCUGCCCGUUGUCGCACCCCAGCCGCAACAUGCAGCCGCCCAAUUCGAUCAGUGGCAAGACAUGUCACAGCAGUUCAAUAUUCCCGCGAAAGGGUUGGACUACUUGCAGGGGCCCGGUGAGCAGCAGAUCAUAGAGCCACAAUUCUCCGGCUACUCGACUGGCAUCGAGGGUUUGUUCACACCGUUCGGUGUUAAUGAUACCCACGGACCUCCCAUCAUGGGUUUUGACUAUGGCUUCUGAUCGUCUCAGCUCGGUGCAUAUUUUUAUCCCCCGUCUCUGGCACCUACACGAUCUAUCAUUGUAUGUAUAGCUAUCUCUUUUAUUGGCCUCGGAGUUUUUCUAUCUUUUUUUCUCUCCCUGUCUUUAUAUAUAUAUCCUUGCUUUGCACGGUAUCGUUGACUUGUAGCUUUAUCACUUGCUGUGUCUGAUUGGAUUGCGCAUCCACUCCUGUAUCCAUAUAUUUCCUAUUGUCUUUGAUGCUUGUAAACGAGCAAUAUCAUGAUACCCGCUUCAACCUC